UUUUUUUUUUUUUCUUUUUUUUUUGAUUUGGGGUUCGUGGGAGGAAAGUUAGGGUUCUUUUUUUUUUUUUUGAAUUGAAUUGGGUUUGAUAUGGAGAUGGUCGAUUUACGGUUUUAAUUGCGGACGAAUUGGUGAAAUUGUUUGAGAAAAAAGGUUUUUUUUUGUUUUUGUUUUUUUUUUUUUUUUUUUUUGGUGGUUUGGGUUUUGGUGGGGGGGAUUAUUGAGGGUUUGGGAUUGAUGGUACUCGUUGGGAUUGAAGGUGGUUUCGAGGUUGGGAUUGGGGAAAAUGCAAGGCUAUGCAUGGGAGGGAAGGUGGUGAGGAGAGGAAACGGACUCGGCACAUGUGGACAGUCCCCACGCGUGUAGCCACGCCCGAUGGUUCUUCUUCUUCGUCUUCGUCUUCAGCUAAUUCGUUUUUCAAGGAUGGACGCAAGAUCAAUAUUGGCGACUGUGCUCUUUUUAAACCACCUCAGGAUUCCCCGCCUUUCAUUGGAAUAAUUCGUUGGCUAACUACAGGCAAAGACAAUAAGUUAAAGUUAGGUGUAAAUUGGCUUUAUCGACCUGCUGAAGUCAAGCUCGGCAAAGGCACCCUGUUGGAUGCUGCGCCGAACGAAAUUUUCUAUUCCUUCCAUAAGGAUGAGAUUCCUGCUGCAUCUUUACUCCAUCCAUGUAAAGUUGCAUUCCUUUCUAAAGGUGUUGAGCUUCCAACAGGGAUUUCAUCUUUUGUCUGUCGGAGGGUUUAUGACAUUACAAACAAGUGUUUAUGGUGGCUAACUGAUCAAGAUUACAUUAAUGAACGACAAGAAGAAGUAGAUCAAUUGUUAUAUAAAACAAAAGUAGAAAUGCAUGCAACUGUGCAGUCUGGUGGCCGUUCUCCAAAGCCAUUGAAUGGUCCGACCUCAACUUCACAGCUAAAAUCUGGGUCAGACAGCAUCCAGAACAGUGUCUCAUCCUUUUCUUCUCAAGUUAAGGGGAAGAAGAGGGAGCGAGGUGAUCAGGGUUCUGAGCCCAUCAAACGAGAACGUAUUUCAAAAACAGAUGAUGGGGAUUCUGGUCGUUGUAGACAGGAAAGCGCUUUUAAAUCUGAGAUUGCAAAAAUAACGGAGAAAGGAGGGCUUGUGGAGUCUGAAGGGGUAGAGAAGUUAGUUCAGCUCAUGCAGCCUGAUAGAAAUGAGAAAAAAAUAGAUUUGGGUGGCCGAUCAAUGCUUGCUGGUGUUAUAGCAGCAACAGAUAAAUUUGAUUGCCUUAGUCAAUUUGUACAGCUUCGAGGCUUGAAUGUAUUUGAUGAGUGGCUCCAAGAGGUCCAUAAAGGGAAGAUUGGCGAUGCUGGUGCAUCCAAGGAGAAUGAUAAAUCGGUUGAGGAGUUCCUCUUGGUUUUACUUCGUGCACUUGAUAAGCUGCCUGUGAAUCUUCAAGCCUUACAAUCGUGUAACAUUGGGAAGUCUGUGAAUCAUUUGCGUUCUCACAAGAAUUUGGAAAUCCAAAAGAAAGCUAGGAGUCUGGUUGACACAUGGAAAAAACGUGUUGAGGCUGAAAUGAAUAUUAAUGAUGUGAAGUCUGGUUCAAAUCAGGCUGUUCCUUGGCCUGGGCGAUCACGCCUUCCUGAAGUUGGAAACAGACAUUCUGGUGGAUCUUCUGAUGUUGCUAUGAAGAGCUCAGUUACGCAAGUUUCUGCUUCCAAAUCUGCUUCUGUGAAGCUUGUCCAGGGGGAGAGUGCUACCAGGUCGGCUUCUGCUUCUCCGGGGUCUAUAAAAUCAGUGCCAUCACCGGUAUCAGCUGGUACUAACCUAAAAGAGGGACAGCCUCGAAACACUGCUGCUGUUGGUACAUCUGAUGUUCCUUUGGCAACUGCAAGGGAUGAGAAAAGCAGCAGUUCUAGUCAGUCUCACAACAAUAGUCAGUCUUGCUCCAAUGAUCAUACUAGAACUGGAGGUACUUCAGGGAAAGAUGAUGCAAGGAGCUCAAGUGUUGGUUCAAUGAAUGUGAAUAAGCUUUCUGGUGGUUCUUCGAGGCCUCGGAAAACAAUAAAUGGAUUCCAAGGGUCUACUCCAUCUGGAGGUCAAAGGGAAAUCGGUUCAAGCAGAGGUUCUUCGUUGCACAAAAAUCCAGCUCCAGAAAAAUUGUCUCAUUCUGGGUUGUCAAGCGAAAAGAUACUUGAGGGGCCCAGUGCUGAGAGCAAUAGCCACAAAUUUAUUGUUAAAAUUCCAAAUCGAGGUCGCAGCCCUGCGCAAAGUGUGAGUGGAGGUUCUUUUGAAGAACCUUCAAUUAUGAAUAGUAGGGCAUCUUCUCCUGUGCUUUCAGAGAAGCAUGAUCAAUUUGAUCGUAACUUGAAGGAAAAGAGUGCUGCUGUUACUUCAGAUGUCAAUGCUGAGUCCUGGCAAAGUAAUGAUUUUAAAGAUGUGCUGACUGGAUCUGAUGAAGGUGAUGGGUCACCUGCUGCUGUCACUGGUGAAGAGCACUGUCGGACUGGUGAUGAAACCAAGAAGGUUGCAGAAGUCUCAAAAACUGGUUCGUCGUCAUCAGGAAAUGAACAUAAAUCCAGGAACUUACAAGAGGCUUCCUUCAGCUCCAUUCAUGCUUUAAUUGAAAGUUGUGUAAAAUAUUCUGAAGCUAAUGCAUCUGUUUCUGUUGUGGAUGAUGUUGGCAUGAAUCUGCUUGCUAGUGUGGCUGCUGGAGAGAUGUCGAAGUCUAAUUUGGUUUCUCCAACUGAUUCGCCACAAAGAAACACACCAGUUGAGCUCUCUUGCUCAGGCAAUGAUACCAAAGUUAAAUCAUCUGAUGACCAUGGGCAAGAACAAACUCAGUGUGUUGAUGGUGCUGAUGAUGAACGUGGGAACAAUUGUAAAGAAUCUGGUAAUUUUGUGGCUAAGAAUGGGGAUGAUAAGUCCUCAUUUUUGUCCGAAGGAAAACCUGUAGCAGAAAGUGGUGGGCAUUUAAAUUCUUCUGGUAUUGAAUUGCAGCAAGCUGAAGGCACUUGUGAAGAUAGCAACGGAAAAUCAAAAGAAAUGAUUUUAGCACCUUCUAUGGUUGCUUCCCCUUCAGUGACGAGCAACAAAACUAUGGAUACUGAAGGGUUCAAACCAGCUAAGGAAAAAAUGGCAGACGGUGGAGUGGAUGAUGAUAGCAAUCUAGACAAUAAACACAGUAUGAGUGGUUCUUUGUUAGACGAAGUAAAUGUAAAUGAUCUUGGCUCAAAUAAGGAAGUUAAGGCAGAAACUAUUGAAGGACCAUUGCCGCACCCUGGAUCAGAAAUUGAUAAUAACAUAAAAUAUUGUGAGAAUGAAGGAAUGAACAGUGAUGUGCAUACGAAAGAGAAACCACCUAUCUUGAUUGUAAAUUCUGAGUCUGUAAAAGGAACUGGUGAGGAAGUACUGCUUUCUUCAGAUUCUUGUAAAGAUUUGAUAUUGCAAAAGAUUCAUGAACUGAAACCUGAAAAGGCUGAUGCAAUGGAUGCCAAGAGUCAUGUUAAUCUGACUGAAAAACAAAGAACCGAGCUAGUAAGUAAUGCUCAUAUGGCUCCAGAUAAUCAAGUCGUUGGCUUCAGUUCUGGUGUCGCUCAUCACAAUGGUGAGCAUGUGGAGGAGAAUUUACAAAGUAGGGAGACUGAGCAAUGUGGUGGAGCUAUUCCUCACAAGGUGUCACCAGUGUUCAAUGUGCGAGAAACAGAACAUGUGAGAUCCACGGUGGUUGACAUGGAAACAGAUGAAGCUGAAGAAUGUACAUCUACAACAGCAGAUGCUUCUUCAGUGUCUGCUGCAGGGGGGUCAGACGCAGAUGCAAAAAUAAAAUUUGACUUGAAUGAAGGAUUUAAUGCUGAUGAUGGGAAAGAUGGGGAUCCUAAUAACUUGUCAGUGCUAGGAUCUUCAUCUGCUGUUUCCUUGAUUAGCCCAUUAAGUUUGCCUGUUUCUUCCGUCUCUAGUGGACUUCCUGCUUCAAUUACGGUUGCUGCUGCGGCAAAAGGGCCCUUUGUUCCCCCGGAGGACCUAUUACGGAGCAAAGGGGAACUUGGUUGGAAAGGAUCUGCAGCUACAAGUGCAUUUCGGCCUGCUGAACCUAGGAAGGUUUUGGAGAUGCCACUGGGUGCUACAAAUAUUUCACAUACGUGCUCUACUGCUGGAAAGCAAGGACGUCCUCUGUUAGAUAUUGAUUUGAAUGUGCCGGAUGAAAGAAUUCUGGAGGAUCUGGCUUUGCGAAAUUCUAUUCAUGAGAGUGGUUCUGUUGCUGACACAUUAAGUAAUCAUGAUUUAGGACGUGAUGAAUUGAAGGUUGCUGCACCUGUUCGUUCCUCUGGGGGACUUGAUCUUGAUUUGAACAGAGUUGACGAGGCUUCUGAUUUGGGCAAUUACUCGAUAAGCAGUACUUGUAAAAUUGAUCCCACACUUUCGCAAGUCAAAUCAUCAUCAGGAGGUACUCUUAGCAGCGAGGUGUGUGUUCGCAGGGAUUUUGAUUUGAAUGGGCCUGUGGCUGAUGAGGUGGGUGCUGAGCCAGCAGUGUUUAGUCAGCGCGGCAGGAGCAGUGUGCCAUCCCAACCACCUGUUUCUGGUCAUAGGAUGAACAAUGCAGAAGUUGGAAAUUACUCAUCAUGGUUUCCGCCAGGGAGCACUUACCCUGCAGUUACCAUUCCAUCCAUUAUGCCUGAUCGAGGGGAGCAACCUUUCCCAGUUGUUCCGCCUGGUGGGCCACAAAGGAUAUUGGGUCCCCCUGCUGGUAGCAAUCCAUUCAGUCCAGAUGUAUACCGAGGGUCUGUGUUGUCUUCUUCUCCAGCAAUGCCCUUUCCUCCUCCCCAGUUUCAAUAUCCAGUCUUCAAUUUUGGAGCCACCUUUCCUUUGCCUGCAGCUACUUUUACAGGUGGUUCAACAACAUACAUGGAUUCAACGUCAGGUGGGAGGCUUUGUUUUCCUGCUGUGCCAUCACAGUUAUUAGGACCUGCUGGUCUGGUUUCUUCCAGUUACACCAGGCCUCCUUAUGUUGUUAGUCUUCCAGAUGGUAACAAUAAUAGUAAUGGUGAGAGCAGUAGGAAGUGGGGAAGGCAGGGGUUAGACCUCAAUGCAGGGCCAGGAGGCCCAGACAUUGAAGGAAGAGACGAGUCUUCACCUCUUGCAUCAAGGCAACUUUCUGUUGCUAGUUCACAAGCCCUAGCAGAGGAGCAGUUAAGGAUGUUCCAGAUUCCAGGUGGCACCUUGAAGAGGAAGGAGCCUGAGGGAGGUUGGGAUGGCUACAAGCAAUCCUCAUGGCAAUGAGAAUGUGUAAUGGGAAAUUCUGGUGAUUCAUGAAGCUUUGAUUUGAGGAUGGACAUUUUCUUACCCUGAGGUGAUCAACUAACUUGUAUGCUUCUGGAGGAUUGGGUGGUAAGUGAGUUAUUUGAUACUGUUCAUAGUCUCCGACCCCCACCUCUUUGCUGUGUAUCGAUUGUAAUCUUUUUAACGGGCUUUCAGUCUGUGGUCUACAAGCUGUUUGUUUUGUUCCAUGAAUUUGUUCUGGGUGGCUGCAGAUCAGUUCUUCUUUUGUAGAUAUUUUAACUGUUCGAUAGCAUAUGCUCAGUUUUGCCCAGAAACUCAAAAACAACUAAAUAUACCAUAGGAACCAAAACAAUCCCCCUCCUUUUCCAAUCCUCCCCUCAAAUAAUGGAGGUUGGAUUUGCCAACUGCUUGAAGCAAAUACUCUUCUAGUUGCAGUUUGUUUAAUUUAUCCUUUUUCUUUUUCUGCUUAAUAUUUAUCCCUUAUCUUAAUCACAUUUAUAUAUCUAGAAAUAGUCGUGACCGAGUUUUGGCACCUGAGCUUUUCUUGAUAUGCUUGUUUUUAGUUGUUAAACUUGAUAUACUCAAUGUGCUAUUCUCAAUUUGAUUUUUCA